AUGGCGCGCCCCAUGGGGCCACUUCGUCUGAAGAAGACGAGCCCGUUGACUGUGGUCGUCGGUGUGGCUCUUUGCAUCUUCAUUCUAUACUUUUUAAUAGGCUCCUCGGCGCCCGACUUCUCUCCUUCUCGCAAAGCCGCUGCCGCAUCACAUCCCCUCUCGCCGCCGACCUCGCCGUUUCGGAAGUCGUCGGCAUCAGGGGGGAAGAAGCCUAAGCCGCCCCCCGUCACCCACUACAACCUCAACAACGUCACCAUAACCCCCAAUCCCAUCGAAAACCGAGAGAAUGUCUUGAUUUUGACACCCAUGGCUCGCUUCUACCAGGGCUACUGGGACAACCUCCUCAAGCUGUCGUAUCCGCAUGAGCUGAUCACGCUCGGCUUCAUUUUGCCAAAGAACAAGGAGGGCAACGCGGCGACGACAGAACUCCAGAAGCAAAUCACCAAAACACAAAAGUAUAGCCUGGAAAAGGACAGAUUCAAGAGCAUCAUUAUAUUGCGACAAGACUUUGAGCCGCCCCUUUCGUCGCAGGACGAGGGUGAGCGCCACAAGAUGCAGAACCAGAAAGCGCGCCGAUCCGCCAUGGCCAAGGCUCGCAACUCGCUGCUCUUCACUACGCUAGGUCCCGCGACAUCGUGGGUGCUUUGGUUGGAUGGCGACAUCAUCGAAACGCCUCCCACUCUUAUCCAGGACCUGGCGAUGCACGACAAGCCUUUAAUCACGCCGAACUGUUUCCAGCGUUUCUACAAUCCUCAGAAAAAGGCCAUGGACGAGAGGCCGUACGACUUCAACAACUGGGUGGAUAGCCCACAGGCGAAAGAGUUGGCAUCCAAGAUGGGCCCGGACGAUAUCCUGUUGGAGGGUUAUGCCGAUAUGGCCACCUACCGAUUGCUGAUGGCCAAAGUAUUUGACGAAAAGUCGGAUCGGCAUGAGGAAAUUCCGCUGGAUGGUGUCGGGGGCACAGCCUUGCUAGUGAAGGCUGACGUGCACCGGGACGGCGCUAUGUUUCCCCCUUUCCCCUUCUACCACUUAAUCGAGACAGAAGGCUUCGCAAAGAUGGCCAGGAGAUUAGGCUGGCAAGCGACGGGGCUGCCAAAUUAUAAGGUGUAUCACUAUAACGAAUGA